AUGCUGGUCGCACGCGGGUUCCGGCGUGCCACGGUUCCCCGCCUCGAGCGCUGCGGCAUGUGUGGCGCGGCAGCUCGACCUGCCGCGACCUCGGGUUUGGCGGUCCCGGGAGCCGACGCGAGGUUCCACGACUACGACGCCGCCGUCACGGCGUGCGUCGAGAGGCGGGCGCUCAGGGAGGGCAGGCAGGUGCACGCGCGCAUGGUCGUGGCGAGGUACCGCCCGCCGGUGUACCUGGCGACGCGGCUGGUCAUCAUGUACGUGAGGUGCGGCGCGCUGGACGACGCGCGCAACGUGCUCGACGGGAUGCCUGAGCGGAAUGUGGUCUCGUGGACGGCCAUGAUCUCGGGGUAUUCGCAGAGCGGCCGGCACGCCGAGGCCUUGGAGCUGUUCGUCCGAAUGCUUAGAGCUGGAUGCAAGCCUAAUGAGUUCACUUUGGCAACUGUUCUUAGAUCAUGUUCUGGCCCUCAAAGCAUACACCAGGUCAAGCAAGUCCAUUCUCUCGCUGCCAAGACAAAUUUCGAGUCACACAUCUUUGUUGGAAGCUCCCUUCUUGACAUGUAUGCCAAGUCAGGGAAUAUCCAAGAAGCUCGGAGGGUUUUCGACAUGCUUCCGGAAAGAGACACUGUUUCCUGUACAGCCAUUAUAUCUGGCUAUGCUCAGCUGGGCCUUGAUGAUGAAGCCUUGGACUUGUUCAGGCAGUUAUACAGUGCAGGGAUGCAAUGCAAUUAUGUUACUUUCACGACCCUUCUCACUUCAUUGUCUGGUCUGGCCUCCCUGGAUUAUGGAAAGCAAGUUCAUGGGCUAAUACUUCGUAAAGAGUUACCAUUUUUCGUUGUUCUGCAGAAUUCUUUGAUAGAUAUGUACUCCAAAUGCGGAAAGCUGUUAUACUCAAGGAGAGUAUUUGACCAUAUGCCUCAGAGAUCAGCCAUCAGUUGGAAUGCGAUGCUUAUGGGAUAUGGUAGACAUGGCAUAGGGCAUGAAGUCGUUCAGCUCUUCAGAACUAUGACGGAAGAAGUGAAGCCUGACAGUGUUACUCUAUUGGCUGUGUUAUCUGGUUGUAGUCAUGGCGGGCUGGUUGAUGAGGGCCUUGAUAUAUUCGAUCUCAUAGUUAAAGAACAAAAUGCAAUGCUCACCAUUGGACACUAUGGGUGUGUUAUUGACCUUCUUGGCCGUGCUGGACGACUACAGAAAGCUUUGGAUUUGAUAGAAAAAAUGCCAUUUGAUCCAACUCCAGCAAUUUGGGGUUCAUUGCUUGGUGCUUGCAGAGUUCAUGUUAACGUAUCUGUUGGUGAGGUUGUUGCUCAGAAGCUUCUGGACAUGGAGCCAGGAAAUGCUGGCAACUAUGUGAUUCUUUCUAAUAUUUAUGCUGCUGCUGGAAUGUGGAAAGAUGUUUUCAGAGUGAGGAAGUUAAUGCUGGAGAAGGCAGUGUCCAAAGAACAAGGGCAGAGCUGGAUAAUUCUUGACAAGGUUAUCCACACCUUCCGCUCAAGUGAACGUUUCCAUCCCAGCAAGAAAGAUAUAGAUGCUAAGAUAAAAGAGCUAUAUAUCGAUCUUAAAGCAGCUGGCUUUGUUCCCGACCUGAGCUGUGUCCUGCAUGAUGUUGAUGAUGAGCAGAAAGAACGAAUGCUUCUUGGUCACAGUGAGAAGCUGGCGAUAACUUUUGGGCUGAUGAACACUCCUCCAGGCUUGACUAUCCGGAUUAUGAAGAAUCUUCGCAUCUGUGUCGACUGCCAUAAUUUUGCAAAGUUUGUUUCAAAAGUUUAUGGAAGGGAGAUAUCUCUCCGGGACAAAAAUCGGUUUCAUCUACUUGCAGAUGGAGCUUGCACCUGUGGAGAUUACUGGUGAAAACCGUCGCCACAUUCAUAUAGCUUUGCUGAUAGGCGGAGCUGUUUUUAUGCAGAUAAUACAUCUAACAGAAUAAGCAACGGGAUGUUGAAUAUGAGAGGAUUGAAUAUCUUAUGCCCUGCUCAUUCUGAGUUCAGAUAUCAAGCGAGAUCAGUGAAGGUUUGCUGCAAAGAACCGCAAUUAGUUAUUCUUAAUACUCCAUACUUACUUCCGGGUUAUCUGGGGUGUUUUGGAGCUGUACAUUUAAAUUGCCAUAGUGUCCUAAACAAUGUGGUGCAUCACCUAUUACAUGCUUGAGGAAGCUUGUGCUCUCUGUCUCUCUCGAUCACCAUUUGUAGCUCGCCGCGCCAAGCGAGAUUCAGGGCUUUAGUCUGUGUGAUGUGCUCAUGGAAGGCCCCAUAAAACAUACCAAAGUGAGCAGCUGCUACAACUGAAGCUAUUAUUCGUGCAACUGCAUGGUUCCUCGAAUUGUCAGACAAGAUCUAGAAGAUAACUUGGGAAUGCCUUAACUUUGAGGAAUUAUUUUGGGAUUCGGUCUUGUCCGGAGAGAUUGUGUACUAUUUGAAGCUUCAGUUUAAUGGCCAUGUAAGUGAUCCAGCAUACUAAUUGUUUCAUGAUGCCCAUUCCACCUAACAGUUUAACACCGAGACAAAUGCCACAAAUAAUCAUGUUAUUACAUUCUAAUCAAAUAUAUGUAAUUUAGUCCAUGAUAGGAGAUCCUAAACUGUCAAAUAAAAAGUGGAUUGUGCAGGGUUGAACUCAGGCUUUACGUGUGCUGAAAAUUUUAUUGCGAAGAAUGGGCCGAUUGACACUAUGUCAGUCCUUGUCCUAUUCAUUCACUCAGUCGUUGGAGGCAGUGUGUUACAGUUACACAAACAGUCUAAUUUUGUGGAUGUUUCAUUUGUCAAUUUUUUCGGUUGUUCAAGCUAAAAAAAAAAUCAUUUCUUAACACCUCACUUUGCGAUUACUUCUGUGUACUGUGUUUUCAGUUACCACACGUCAAUGAUAUUCUGACUGAGAGCUCCCGAGCUCUUCUUGAUCUCUGUAUGCCUAUAUAUACGCCUUUCCCUUUCCCUUGUGACCUGUGCAAGUGCAAAUCACCUGUGGUCUGUGGAGUGUAGGCUCGUAGUAAUCA